AUGUCGUUCGGACUGAAGAACGCCAGGGCAACUUUUCAGAGGAUGGUGACAAAGAUGUUCGCUUCUCUUUUGAGCCGAACAAUGGAGGCCUACAUCGACAAUAUGGUGGUAAAGAGUAAGGAGAAUUCUCAACACCUCACCGACCUAGCAGAAAUGUUUGCUAUACUUAAGCGCCACAAACUUCGUUUGAAUGCCUCCAAGUGCGCCUUCGGAGUCGGCACCGGGAAGUUUCUGGGGUUUUUGGUCACAAACCGAGGGAUUGAAGCCGACCCAUCACAAAUCAAGGCUAUACAAGAGCUGGAGCGCCCAAACUCCACGAAAGACGUGCAACAUCUUGUCGGGAUGGCAGCCGCGCUGAAUAAAUUUAUCAGCCGGUCUUCAGAUCGUUGCAGGCCCUUCUUUAAAACUUUGAAGGCCAAGUUCUUUUGGGAUGACGAAUGUGACCGUGCACUGGCAGACUUAAAAAUAUACCUUUCCUCAGCCCUUAUCUUAGUCACACCUCGGCCGGGCGAAGAGUUGUAUCUCUACUUGGCAAUCUCUCAACAUGCUGUGAGCACCGCCCUAGUCCGCGCUGAAGGCAUCCAGCACUUGCCCAUCUUCUAUGAAAGAGACCAGAAGGAACCGAUCAGAGACUUGGAAUUGAGAAGCUCCCAGAACGCCUCUGAUUGCUGGAAGUUGUUUAUUGGCGAGAUAUGGAAGCUCUUCGUCGAUGGGGCAUCCAACAGGCAUGGGGCCGGGCUGGGCAUCGUACUGACUUCACCGGAUGGGCUGAUUAUCGAGCAGGCAAUUACGCUCGGCUUCCCAGCAUCCAACAAUGAAGUGGAGUAUGAAGCCCUCCUUGCCGGACUAAGAAGCGCAUUGAGAAUGAAGGCGUCAGCCCUAAUGGUAUUCAGCGAUUCCAAGUUGGUGGCCAAUCAGGUCUUAGGGGAAUAUGAGGCAAGGGACGAAAGAAUGGCCAAGUAUCAGGCGCUGGUACGCGUAGAGAUCACGAAGUUCGCCGCAAUAAGGAUGGAACAAAUCAACCGCAAGGAAAACAACGUGGCUGAUGAAUUGGCCGGACUUGCUUCUACUCAAACAGCUUUUCCUAACCCCUUGAUGAUAGAAUUUUUACCUCGGCCAAGCAUUGAGGAACUGGAAGUGACCGAGGUACUCUGCACCGACUUGGGUCCUUCCUGGAUGGACCUCAUCAUCGUCUUCCUAAAAGAUAGAGUUCUACCGCAAGAAAAGAAGGCGGCCAACAAGAUCCGGGCCAAGUCAGAGCGAUUUUGGCUCUCCCCAUCCGGAGCCUUGUAUAAGAAAUCUUUUACGGAGCCGUAUCUGAAGUGUGUCCACCCAGCCAAGAUCCACCAGCCAGCAAGAGAAUUGCUCCCCCUUACAAGUCCUUGGUCGUUCGCACUCUGGGGAUUGGAUAUAGUGGGGCCACUCCCAGCAGUCCUGGGCAAUCGCAAAUUUUUCAUCGCCGCCACUAACUACUUCACAAAGUGGGGUGAGGCUGAACCACUGGCGACCAUAAAGGAAAAGGAUGUGAAGAAGUUUGUCUGGCAAAAUAUUAUCACUCGCUUCGGUAUACCCAAGGCCCUCAUCUCGGAUAAUGGCACUCAAUUCGAUGGGAAACUCUUUCGCAGAUUUUGCAAAGAGCUGAAGAUCGAAUUCUACAAUUCAACGCCCGCCUAUCCUCAGUCAAAUGAUUUGAACGAGGAAGCAGUGGCAUUGGAGCUUGACCUAGCCGAGGAAAGAAGGGAACGGGCUCUGAUCCACAUAGCGGCCUAUCAGCAAGAACUCUCCAAGAAAUACAACAAGGCUGUGCACCCCAGGCUGUUCAAAAUUGGGGACUGGGUCUUAAGAAAGGUGAUGGGCAAUACGGUGGCCCCUAGCGAAGGAAAGCUCGGCGCAAAUUGGGAGGGGCCAUACAAGCUUUCUAGACCUUAA